AUGGCAUCUGAACUUCCAGCAUCGACCUUGUCCACCGCCGGAGGUGGGGCUCCAGCUGAGACAGUUCCGGAAUCAUCGGCGGUCGAUUCUUCCCAAAUGGGAAAGGUGAGUUGACCAAAUUAAACAAAAGAAAUAACUUGCAAAUUUUUGAUAAAAAGAGUCGUGGUUGUCUGUGCCAAGCGCAAGCCAAAAAUUGCGUAAAAAGCUGGAAAAAUAUCUGGCAUUAUUUGGGCUAAGUGUCACUAUAGUAAUGCCAGUCUGUCGGGAAAACAAUGGGCACUCCAUCGCAUCGCAAAUCGCAUCGCCGCCGAGAAAAUGAAGUGUGUCACAGCAAAAUCGAAUUGCUUUUCACUCCAGUGACGCUAUUGUCGAGCGACAGGGUGCUCAUUAUUUUCCCGACAGACUGAUAUCAGUUGGCCUAGCAUCGUAUUGUUUGCCAUAGUCCUCAUUUUCUUUCCACAAGGAAAACUGAUUCUUAUCGUUUCAGCCAGGACGCCACGUUGUCGUCAAAAGAAACUUUCGACCCGAGAGUGACCCGCAGUUCUCCUGCUGCAUCAAACUCAAUCUUCAUGUAAGUAAAGAAUAUUCGAAGCAUCCUAUUUAUGUAAUGAUCUCUUUCAGCUCUCGGUUAUCGUCAUUUCGUCGAUCAUGCUGCCGCUUUGUGUCGGCGUUACAGCUUACUAUGUUGUGACAUCGCUUGCCAAAUUAAGAACUUUCAAUCCGAGAGUCUUAGACGAUUUUGGUGCUGCAUUUAUGAUGAUAAUGUCGUAUGGAUGUUUGUUGGUUGGAAGUGUCUGGCGAAUUGAGAAACUUUAUUGGGCUUAUGCGAUUUUCUCGGUAAGUGAAGCCAAAAUUUCAAAAAAAUGAUUAAACCCCCGUUUUGGCCGAAUCUGCAAAAUUUAUUAUCUAACAGGGGAAGUAUUAUACUCGCGCGACGCUCAGAUUUUCUUUAGAUUUUGCACAUACGUCGGGUAUGGACUAAAUAUCAAUUCCUGAAAGUUUUAGCUCGCGCUUUGCGGGCGCCGCCGAGAUAUCGAACGAUUUUUGGCGCCGAGAGAGCACGCUAAACGUGGAGAGCGGUCAGAGAGAAAGGCGGUUUUUGGCCAUAACUUUGGCAGUUCCGUGCGGAAAAAUUUGAUUUUUUGUAGAAAAAUUAUUUUUUUAUGGUAGAAAUGGGCAUGAAACUUUUCGAGCCGAAGUUCGGCAAAAAGUCGUAAAUUUUCGCCGACUUUCGAUCUAAAAAUCACGGUUGUUUCUGCAAAGCGCGAGCUAGGAUUCUCGCAUUUAUCUUAGAAAAAAUUAUUCUAAAUUUGCGCCAAGUUUCAUCAAAAUCUGAGCGUCGCACUUUGAGUACUUCCCCUGUAAGUUUUUUUUACUUCAGGCUUUGUUUCUCAUAAUUACAUUCUGCGCGAUGGGCGAUUCGAUUGCCCAUGCUUGCUCACUGCUUUUGGGAGACCUCCGUGUACAUACAACCGAAACCGGCCAAGAAAACAACACCUCCGCAGGACAAGAAUAUUUGGAAUAUGUGAUGGUCCUUUGUUUCAUCACAUCUGUGCAUUUUUAUUUGUUCUACAUUGUCUGGAGGGACUACAAGUUUGUCAAGGAGUACCCGAGGAAGAAGAAAGUAGUAGAGAAUACUGAAAGCGAGAAACUGCUCAAUUAA